UCAAAAGAUAUAACUAUGUGUAUUUCAAAUAAGUGGAUGGGGCAUAAAGAAGAAUUAUUUUCAGUUAAUUACGGAGAUACUAUAGCACAUGUUGGGUGUAAUACAAUGUUAAGAGUUGAAUCAAAAGUAAUUAGACUUUUUUCUCCGGGUCUUACACGAUAUUUGCGACAUAUUACGGUUUUUUCAAAUAAUGCAGAAUAUCGCAAGAUUCAUAAGGGUGUACAUUAUAUUCUAACACUUGUUGAGGAGACAGAAGUAGAAGCAUUUAGUUUAUUAAUGGAGGUUCUGCAUGAUCCUACUACUUUUUCAUGGAAAACAGAAUUUCAUUCGGUAUUAAGAAUGGCGGCAAAGUAUGAGGUUUCUGAACCAAUUGUCGGAUUUUCUCUCGCUUAUUGCAUGAAAUUCUAUAAACAGCCUCAAGCAGAUCCAUUGAUGUUGCUUCACGCAUCUUUUUUUUGCAAAGACGACGAUGUUUUUACAGAUGCUUUACUUUUAGUACUUAAAAAACUUGAUCUCUAUAGAAACAGCAAGUCAUUCAAGAAACUUCCAUGUUACCUAGGUUUUCAAAUCAUGUCGAUGUCAGAAUCUUUAUUUCGUGAAUAUACUUGUCUUUCAGAUUUUUCAAACAACGAUAAUUGGCCUGACUGUGAAAUCGAACUCUGUACUGAAAAAUUUAGAUAUGCAUGUAAAAAUUUAUUUGACUCAUUUGCUCUUCCAGCUGUUAUCUGUUGGGAUGGAGACUUGCUUUCGGAAUGGUACAAUAAAUCUGACGAAGAGAUUAUUGAAUCAAUUGGAGUAUGGGAAAUGCCAUUUGCAGCUGAUCCUGAGCAUAUAAGGCAGUGUCGAGAUAAUUGGGCUAAGGCUCUUAAAUCAAAUGCUAAAUGGCUAAAUAGAAAAUUAAAAGGUCAACUUCAUGAUACAUCAAUCUCCUCUUUGUUGCAAAAAUGAGAUUUAAAAACUACUUUUUUCUAGAAAAACAUAGAAAAAUAUAAAAAGGAAAAUCUAUUGUAAUACAAAUAUUUGAAAAAAGAAACUAUUUAUUUAAUAAACUCAACAAAAACUUCUCUAUAAAUAACAAGCUCAGGCAUAAAAAUAUAAGACAUAAAAAGUAUAAAAUUACAUUAAUCCUAUUAA